ACUGUACAAGUCGACCGAACAAGGUAGUGAUAGAUUUAAGUGGUAGAACAAUUGAGGUAGUGAUAGAUAUAACAGUAAUAAAUUCUUAUCACAAAGAGAAGUCAGAUGCGUAUAUUUUCAAAUGUUACAACAUAACUACGGAUCGGACGAACUUUACAUCUUUCAGUAACAAUACUGAAUGGCUACUACGAAAGGUCAAUAUGCAUAUUUUUUACACAAUAUCCGAUUACGACGAUAAGAAGGAUUGUUCGAUCGCGGCGAUAAGAAUGGUCUGAUAAAGCGACAGAACGCAAUUUCCGUGAGAUGUCAGCGAGGUUAUUCACAAGUCUUUCCUCCAACGUGACUCAGUGUGCGCAAAAAUGUCGAGUUUGAGCUCGCACGAACUCACGCACCCGGAACUGUUGUCAGAUAACCAGCUUCGCGAGCUUUUAAACAAUAGCUGUAUUGACACUCUCAACUUGAAAAAUUUAUGUAAAAACGAAUUGUUAGAGAUGUACAGACGAAUUUCUAUGCCGCUACCACAGAGGCAACGUGGAAGUGUUAAAACUUUGAAUGCAGAAGUGGAUAUGAUAUCAGAAGAAUCUCUCACAGUUGUAAAAGAUAACAAUAUGCAUAGCUUAAAUGCAAGUUUAAGCGAAGGAACUAAGAGGAUUCUUCAAUCAUCGCAACUUGAAGAAGAUAAAUUAAAACCUGUGUUGAAUGAUCAAAAAUCACCACCUAAAAAAAUUCGAUUAUCUUCUACACCAAAGGUAGAAACUACAUGCAAUGUUAUCGACAAACGCAAAUGGGAUGGACAAAAUCAGCUCAUUUUAUUCCUGGGACUGGCGGCAAUCGCCCGAGGGGCGGUGGUACCCGCCGUGUCGGCUGCGGUAGCGGCGGUGCCGUUGGCGAGAUUGGAAGAAUUCGACGCGGUGCCGCAGUACAGCUUCGCUUACGACGUGCAGGACGCGGUGACCGGUGACUCUAAGGCGCAGUACGAGACCCGCAACGGCGACAUCGUCCAAGGUAGCUACAGUCUGAUCGAAGCGGACGGCACACGUCGCAUCGUCGAGUACACCGCAGACCCGAUCAACGGCUUCAACGCGGUCGUCAGCCGGGAACCAGCGACCGCGGCGGUCGCCGCCGUCGCAGCGUCGCCGCUGUUGCCGCUGAGACCGGCGCUGCCGCCGGUCGUCGCAGGCGUUGCGCCCGCGGCUCCGGUGCCGUCGAUCCCCGCGCUCGGACCCGACUCCGACGUGGAAGUGGUCGAGGCACGAUCGGGCCCUCUGACGCGGGAGCAGGAGAUUCAGCGUCAGCAACAGCGUGAGCAGUUGCGACAACUGCAACGCUUGCAGGACCAACAGCAGGAGCAGCAGCUGCGACAGCUGCAGCGGCUGCAGGAGCAACAGAGGCAACAGUCGUCGAAGUUGCAGGUACAGCAGCAGCAGCAGCAGCAGCAGCUGCUGCAACAGCGACAACAGCAGCGGCGACCGCAGGCGGAAGAGGCGGAGCAACAGCAAGAACAGCAGCAGCAGCAGGAGCGACAACAGACACCUGCACGAGCCGUCAUCGGCCAGGUGCAACCAGCGGCGAGUGGUCGAUUGGUGGGUCUACCUGCCACAGCCAAGGCGAUAGCCAGCUACCCGGCUUACCCCUACGCCGCGUACACCGCGGCGUACACCUCGCCGCUCGCCUACGCCACCCCUAUCGCCGGUCUCACUUACGCGCCCGCACCUACUCUGGCGUAGACUAUUCGUAGUCUACGUUACCACGAAUCGUUACUUCGGGAUUUUCGCUAUUUGUACCUCGCUAUUUUACCACGACUGCUGUCGAUGAAAUCGUAAUAAAUCGUUUGCCAUGAAUGACGUGCCAUUAUUACGACUGCAGAAAU